CAAAUAUCCCAAAACAAAUGUGAGCGUUUUUUGCGACGCUUUAGGCAAAGUGUCACCUGGAUGUGAACUUAAAGUGACGCAUGAGAUAAAUGUUGAUUAUGGCCCAAAUAGCCUAAAACUAAUUCAGGCCACCGUUGGAUUAAUGCAGCAUUGCUACGGCUCACUUCUGGCCCAGAUGUAGUAACAGGAGCAGACCGUCCAAGUGCCACCGUUUGCAGUACAUGGGCCAAAGCUGGGCCUAAACAAAUGUUGUACGUGAAGGCACCAUCUGUCCUGUCUGACGGGUGCAGCUGAUCUGAGUGAGAAUGAUUCAGUCUCACCUGAAGCUGCACCACCACCACCACCACCGGUCCCCCCGCCACCACCAGUCCCACCAGCACCACCAGCACCAGAGACGCUUUCUGCAGCGAGGAGCUUCAUGUCUGGAUGGAGAAAACUCUGACACACACAUCGGGGUCAUGGAGAGCAACAUGUCCAGCAACUGCUACUACAGCAACAACGUCACCUUCUUCUACCAACGGGUAGGCAAGAGCAUCAGCUCGGGGUGGACGACGCGGGACUACGUGGUGAUCGGACUGGGCCUGACGGUGUGUUUCAUCGUCGCGCUGGCCAACCUCAUGGUGAUGGUGGCCAUCUUCAUGAACCGCCGCUUCCACUUCCCCAUCUACUAUCUCCUGAGCAACAUGGCAGCGGCGGACCUGUUUGCCGGCAUCGCUUACGCCAACCUGAUGCUGAACACGGGCCCCUGGACCAGUACGCUCACCAAGAAGCAGUGGUACAUCCGAGGGGCCCUGAUCGACAUCAGCCUGACGGCGUCUGUGGCCAACCUGCUGGCCGUCGCCGUGGAGCGCCACCAGACCAUCCUCACCAUGCAGCUGCACAGCAAGAUGAGCAAGCGCCGGGUGACGCUGCUGAUCGUCUGCAUCUGGGCCGUGGGCAUCGUCAUGGGCCUGGUGCCCUCCAUGCUGUGGAACUGCGAGUGUCACCUGGACGACUGCUCCACCGUCGCUCCCCUCUACAGCCGCCGCUUCCUCGUCUUCUGGGCGAUUUUGAACUUGCUCACAUUCUUCAUCAUGGUGGCCAUGUACACCCGGAUCUUCAUCUACGUGAGAUACCAGAGCCUGUACACGUCUCAGCACAGCUCGGAGCACAGGCGGACUGUUUUCAACCUGAUGAAAACUAUCUCCAUGGUUUUAGGCGCCUUCGUGAUCUGCUGGACCCCCGGCCUCGUGAUCCUCUUACUGGACGGGCUUCUUGGUAGAAGAAGCCACGCCAACGUCUACGAAAAGUUCUGUCUGGUGAUAGCCGAGUGCAACUCUCUGGUCAAUCCCAUCAUCUAUUCCCUGCGAGACGAGGAGAUGCGGAGCACGUUCAAGAGGAUCGUGUGCUGCCUUUGUUGGAGGGGUGGCGGCCGGCAGAGGGAGCCUCCAGCUGAGGAGAUAGACUCUCCAUCACCAGAAGUAACUAUUGUUCCAGUUAGACUUAAUGAAUCUCUCAACUGUGUCGAGAAAUCAGAUGAUCAGACUUGUUCUCAAGACACCAACAAAAGAGAAGACAGUUGGACAAUGGUGGGGGUAUGAUGGCUGCAGGCCUGUAUUAAAGAAACAGCUUGAUUUUACUGUCAUCUAACUGGGACACACUGUGAAAAUGUUGAUAUUGAUCAACUACCUCUAGAAUGUUUUCAUGUGUAAAUGGACUUAAAUAUAUAUAAAGAUGCAUCAGGUAAAAGGAUUUAUUCCACGUCUGAGGAUGCAGUUAUUUCUCAGGAUGUUUGACACAUUCACAUCAUCAGAUGGUGCCAUCUCUCGUUUUAUUACAUUUGACUAUCACAAGAGCAUUUGUGACAAAUUAUAAAAUGAAACACUCCUAAAAUUAGAAAUCAAAUACUGGGGGGAAAAGAAAAAUCACACUAAAUCAUUUUAUUAAUUUUCUAAUAAGAACACUACAAUUUGUCAUAUUCUUCCUUUUGUUUUACUCUUUCUAGAACAAUUCUAAAGUUGAGGUAUAAAAGGAGUUCAUACAGACUCACAGGUCUGAAAACAGUGGGGGUUAUAUACAAGAGAAAUGGAAAGACAGAGGUAGAGAGAGGGGUAAAUACAAGGGAAAGAAGGGAGAUACAAAUAUACUAAUAAAAACAAAGAAAUCAUAAAGGUUUAGAGUUCAGACGUUUGACGCUGUGGAAGUCAUUUAGUCACUUGCAGAAUCCAAACACGAUUUAAACACGGUCGUUAAUAGAGUGAAACUAAGUUUGGUAUUUUCGAUGUGCGGGACCACAUAAUGAACCCACUGAUGUUUUGUGUUUUUGCUGCAGAUUAUGCACUUAAAACCUUUUUUUCCUGUUUCAGCGUGGAACAAGAAUUUAACAAUUUAAAAUAAGCUGCCGUUUAGUUUUAAUUAAUCUAAUUCACCUUAACACAACACAAACAUCUGCUCCUUUUGCGCUAAGUUGUUACGGGCUGAUAACUUAAAUUUGACAGCAUCUGUUUUAAAACUUUUGAUACAAUGAUUUUUUGAGCGGCUUUUAAAGAAGAUUUACGAUUAAAUUAGGCUCGAAAGAGUGGCAGAUAUUUGGGGAAGUGACUGUUUAACUGAUGAAGUGUGGAAUCAGAUGAGGAGUUUCCAGGGAUUAGCACGGGUAAAAAAAACACCAAACAAUAUCCAUCGCAGAGCCUCAAUGCAUUCGAGAAUCUUUCCACAGCACCAAACGUUCCACCUUUAAACCUUAAACAUUGCCACUCGGUUAUGUAACAAAAGACCUAAAUAAUAUUCAAAGUUGAUACAGAGUUAUCGUGAAUCCGUGACACAAAAGGCCAAAUAAAAACUGGCGUCUCAACCGAACAUCAAAGUUUAUAAAAGAAAGAAAGAAAAGGAAAA